AUGCAUCAAGCCAAAAGAAGAAGGCUUAAUGAUACUGCUUCAGUUCUUUCCAAACCUUUCCGUUCACCUUUGAAGUUAACUUCCAAAAGUCAUCCAUCAAGUGCAGAAGCCACGAAGCAUAACGUUGAACAGCAGGUACAUGACCAAGACGCCAUCAGUCGAGAAACAAAUGACCAGGAGUCGAAUGCGACCUCAUCACAGAAACCGUCAGUAUUUUAUACAGCCCAUCACCACGAGAUAGAUGCAAAAAGCACGACAGUCGACGAUAUCGACAAGCUGCAGCGAGAAUAUGCUGCUUUAGGUCAAGAAUUGAGGCGAUACCGACAAGAUUUAGACGUGUUGCAGCAAGCACACACGUUGCGGUCGGGAAACCAGCAGGCGAAAGUCGAUGGUCUUGUUCUAAAAUGGAAGACUAUAGCCCGCGACGCUGCUGAUGACCUCUUCCAGUCAACGAGCGAUCGCAUCAAGCAAAUGGGUGGGCUGCAGGUCUGGCAGAAGAAUGCGUCCCAGUGCCAGGUAGACGAUUGGUACAAUUCAAAAGAGGAUCAGCCCUUUUCCGACGACGAAUCAGGCGACCACGAACUUAAACAACAAGCAUUGAUGAGCAAGAAAAUUAAAAGGCCCGAAGCUAUGCCACAGUUUUACACCAUGGACGUUAUGCUUCAACAGCUCAAUAUUGACCCUGGUCUGCUCAAUUUCGAUCCAGCUACAGAGCAGUGGCGCGACUGA